AUGUUGCUCAGAGGAAUACACCGCAUUGGUGUCGCAUGCAUUGCCGCCUUGGCUGCAGUGACGAACGCUUCACCUAUUGCGAAAUCGCUAGCUGAACGUGCAGCCGCAGCCGACAGAUUAGUGUUUUGCCACUUCAUGAUUGGAAUUGUUGGCGAACGCACAAGCUCCAAUGACUUUGACGCAGACAUGCAGCGAGCCAAAGCCGCAGGCAUUGAUGCAUUCGCUCUCAACAUCGGCGUCGACUCAUAUACCGAUACCCAGCUUGGAUUUGCGUACGACUCAGCUGCCAGGAAUGGCAUGAAAGUCUUCAUUUCUUUCGAUUUUAACUGGUGGCACAUCGACCAGGCUGCGCAGGUUGGACAAAAGAUUGCCCAGUAUGCUAGCAAGCCGGCGCAGCUGUUUGUCGAUAAUCGCCCCUUUGCUUCAUCGUUUGCUGGAGACGGCUUAGACGUGAAUGCUAUGAGGAGUGCUGCCGGACAGAAUGUGUAUUUUGUGCCAAACUUUCAUCCUGGGCAGGGCGAUGUGAGCGCAAUCGAUGGAGCGCUGAAUUGGAUGGCAUGGCCGAAUAAUGGAAACAACAAGGCCCCAACUCCUGGUGCGAACAUCACUGUUGAAGCUGGUGACAAUGCUUAUCAGAGCUGGCUUGGUGGCAAGCCGUAUUUAGCCCCUGUUUCGCCUUGGUUCUCAACUCACUACGGUCCGGAAGUAUCCUACAGCAAGAAUUGGGUAUUCCCAUCUGGACCAUUAAUCUUCCAGCGGUGGAACGAAGUCCUCCAAAACGGGUUCCCAAUGGUUGAAAUGGUAACCUGGAACGACUACGGCGAGUCGCAUUAUGUCGGACCACUCAACUCCCUUCAUUUCGAUGACGGAAACUCCAAGUGGACUAAUGAUAUGCCGCACGACGGUUGGCUCGACUUGUCUACGCCCUUCAUCGCAGCCUACAAAGCUGGUGCCACUUCGCCAAAGGCCUACAUCCAGGAUGACAAGAUUGUCUACUGGUACCGACGAAAUCUAAACAGUAUCAACUGCGAUGCUACUGAUACAACAGAGGUACCAGCCAACAAUGCAAGUGGGAACUACUUCGAGGGCAAGCCGAAUGGCUGGCAAGAUUUUGAUGAUGUUGUGUACAUUGCCACACUGCUUACAGCUGAUGCUACUCUGACCGUCAACUCUGGAGGAAAUUCGCAAACCUUCCAGGCUAGUGCUGGAGCUCAGUUAUUUACGAUCCCCGCCGGACUUGGCAAGCAGCAGUUUGCGGUAUCACGCGGCGGUCAGACAAUCCUGAGCGGUACGUCCCUCAUGGAUAUAACCGACGUCUGUCCCUGCGGCAUAUACAACUAUAACGCAUAUGUUGGAACCUUGCCCCCCGGUUUCUCAGACCCCCUCCAGCAUGAUGGUCUUGCUUCGCUGACAAUGGGCUUGCAUGUCACGACGUGUUUCCCUACUCCGUCGCUCGGCACGAAUCCGCCUUCAGUCAACUACAACUACCAAAUCAACAACAACCAGCAGUACUUCGGUGAACCAGCCAACGUCUACGACAAGCGCCGGUACACCUCCACCACAAACUUGCAACGGUGGCACAAACGCUGA